CUUCUUCUGCCCCACACUCUCCGCUUUGCUCCCUGAGUGUCCUGAAGCAGGGGGACGGGCUCCCGGGACUUCCCACGGCAAGACUCACCUCAGAAUCUUCAUCUGCAGUUACAAACUGAGCAACUCCUAUUGUCAGAGGUAUCAUUCUGGGCACCUCCAUAUAUUUCCAAGAGCAAAGAAAAUUAAUAUAUCACCUGUGAUGUUAGCAUUUGAAGACCUGGCUGUGUACUUUACGUGGGAGGAAUGGCAGAACAUGAACAAUGCUCAGAAAAUGCUGUACAGAGAUGUGAUGCUGGAGACCUACAGCAGCCUCUUCUCCUUGGGGCAUUGCACUACCAAACCUGACUUGAUCUUCAAGUUGGAGCGAGGAGCAGAGCCAUGGAUGGUGGAAGAAUGCCUGAAUCAAAGCCUUCCAGUUGCCAUGAAAAGAGAUGACCUGAUUUGGACAAACCAGGAAAAUCAGGACAAAAUUCUGAGUCAACAUGUUAUGAAAAAUAAAACAUCAACUCUCAAGAGAAUUGAAUUAAGAAAAAAACUUCAUUUAAGUUCAAGCCAUGUUCCAAAUCUGAUUAGCAAAAAGGGAAACUUUUUAAGAAUGAAACCUGAGGAAUGCAAUGGAUGUCACAACGUGUAUCCCCUCAGUGGGCCUGAUCAACUACAAGCUGCUGAAAAAUGUGAUGCCACUAAGGUACCUGGGAAGUCACUCCAGUUCUGUGAGCCUAUUAGUCAGCAUCACAAGAGUCAGACUGUGAAGAACACACUUGAAAAUAUUGGACCAGGGAAAGUCUUCACAAGGGAGAAUAUAUUCUGUAAAUCUGAAAGGAUUCAUAUGGAAGAAACUUGUAAUACAUCAACUGUCACUGUUGAAAAGACAACUCAAAUAAAAAAGACUUUCUAUAAAAAUUCUAAUCUUAGUAUGCAUCAAGAAACCCAUGCAAGAGAAAAAGUAUAUGAAAAUAUUAGGUAUGUGGAUCCCAACACUUACCAAUCACAUCUUGCAAUAAAUCAGAGACCACAUUCAGGGAAAAAACCCUAUGCAUGUAAACCUUGUGAAAAAUCAUUCGAUUGUAAGUGCUGUCACAACAUCCAUUACAGUACUCACAUACAGGAAAACCGCAAUGUGUGUAAUGAAUAUGGAGAGCCCACUUAUCAGACGUCAGAUCUCAUUACACAAAAGAAAAUUCACAAACAGAGGAGGCCACAUGAAUGUAAAGAAUAUGCAAAAGCCAUUUUCCAGAAAUCAUACUUCAUAACACAUCAGAGAAUUCACACAGGGGAGAAACCUUAUGAAUGUCAUGACUGUGGAAAAGCCUUUGGCCGUAAGCCACACCUUAUAAGGCAUCAGAAAAUUCACACAGGAGAGAAACCUUAUGAAUGUAAUGACUGUGGAAAUGCCUUUCGCAAUAAGUCAGAACUCAGAAUGCAUCAGAUAACUCACACAGGGGAGAAACCUUAUGAAUGUAAUGCCUGUGGGAAAGCCUUUGGCCGGAAGUCAAGCCUCAUAAUUCAUCAGAGAAUUCACACAGGGGAGAAACCUUAUGAAUGUAAUAACUGUAGAAAAUCCUUUUGCUCUAAAUCAUAUCUUAUUGCACACCAGAGAAUUCACACAGGAGAGAAACUUUAUGAAUGUAAUGACUGUGGAAAAGCCUUUGGCUUUAAGUCAGUCCUCAGCAAACAUCAGAGAAUUCACACAGGGGAGAAACCUUAUGAAUGUGAUGACUGUGGAAAAGCCUUUGGCUGUAAGUCAGCCCUCAGCAGACAUCAGAGAAUUCACACAGGGGAGAAACCUUAUGGAUGUAAUGACUGUGGAAAAUCCUUUUGCUCUAAAUCAUAUCUCAUUGCACAUCAGAAAAUUCACACAGGCGAGAAACCUUAUGAAUGUAAUGACUGUGGGAAAGCCUUUGGCUGUAAGUCAGCCCUCAGCAAACAUUGGAGAAUUCACACAGGGGAGAAACCUUAUGAAUGUAAUGACUGUGGAAAAGCCUUUGGCUGUAAGUCAGCCCUCAGCAAACAUCAGAGAAUUCACACAGGGGAGAAACCUUAUGAAUGUCAUGACUGUGGAAAAGCCUUUGGCUUUAAGUCAGUCCUCAGCAAACAUCAGAGAAUUCACACAGGGGAGAAACCUUAUGAAUGUAAUGACUGUGGAAAUGCCUUUCGCAAUAAGUCAGAACUCAGAAUGCAUCAGAUAACUCACACAGGGGAGAAACCUUAUGAAUGUAAUGCCUGUGGGAAAGCCUUUGGCCGGAAGUCAAGCCUCAUAAUUCAUCAGAGAAUUCACACAGGGGAGAAACCUUAUGAAUGUAAUAACUGUAGAAAAUCCUUUUGCUCUAAAUCAUAUCUUAUUGUACACCAGAGAAUUCACACAGGAGAGAAACUUUAUGAAUGUAAUGACUGUGGAAAAGCCUUUGGCUUUAAGUCAAGCCUCAUAAUUCAUCAGAGAAUUCACACAGGGGAGAAACCUUAUGAAUGUAAUAACUGUAGAAAAUCCUUUUGCUCUAAAUCAUAUCUUAUUGCACACCAGAGAAUUCACACAGGAGAGAAACUUUAUGAAUGUAAUGACUGUGGAAAAGCCUUUGGCUUUAAGUCAGCCCUCAGCAAACAUCAGAGAAUUCACACAGGGGAGAAACCUUAUGAAUGUGAUGACUGUGGAAAAGCCUUUGGCUGUAAGUCAGCCCUCAGCAAACAUCAGAGAAUUCACACAGGAGAGAAACCUUAUGGAUGUAAUGACUGUGGAAAAUCCUUUUGUUCUAAAUCAUAUCUCAUUGCACAUCAGAAAAUUCACACAGGCGAGAAACCUUAUGAAUGUAAUGACUGUAGAAAAUCCUUUUGUUCUAAAUCACAUCUCAUUACACACCAGAGAAUUCACACAGGCGAGAAACCUUAUGAAUGUAAUGACUGUGGGAAAGCCUUUGGCUGUAAGUCAGCCCUCAGCAAACAUUGGAGAAUUCACACAGGGGAGAAACCUUAUGAAUGUAAUGACUGUGGAAAAGCCUUUGGCUUUAAGUCAGUCCUCAGCAAACAUCAGAGAAUUCACACAGGGGAGAAACCUUAUGAAUGUAAUGACUGUGGAAAAGCCUUUGGCUUUAAGUCAGUCCUCAGCAAACAUCAGAGAAUUCACACAGGGGAGAAACCUUAUGAAUGUAAUGACUGUGGAAAAGCCUUUGGCCUCAAGCCACAGCUCAUAAGGCAUCAGAAAAUUCACACAAGGGAGAACUAUUUAUGUGAUGACUGUGAAAAGGCCUUCGGCCAUAAAUCACAACUCAAAAUGCAUCAGAGAAUUUACAUAGGGGAGAAGUCUCAUGAAUGUAAUGACUGUAGAAAAGCCUUCAGCCAGAAGUCAAACCUCAUAAUGCAUCGGAGAAUUCACACACAGGAGAAAAUCAUUCAUGUAAUGACUAGAAAAUCCUUUUGCUAUAAAUCACAACUCAUGAAACACCAGAGAAUUCACACAAGGGAGAAACUUUAUGAAUGUUAUAGUGUGGGAAAGUCUUUGGCCAUAAGUCACAUCUCAUAAUCCAUCAUAGAAUUCACACAGGAAGGAAUCUUAUGAAUGCAAUGACCAUGGAAAAUCCUUUUGCUAUAGACCAUAACUCAUGACACAUUGGAGAAUUCACACAGGGAGAAACCUCAUGAACCCAGAAACUGGAAUAGCCUCUGGCCAGAAGUCGAACCUCAUAUUACAUGAAAUAAUUCACAUGAGAGAAGCUUUAUGCAUAUAAUGACUCUGAAAGGCCUUUGGCCAUAAGCCACAGCUAAUAAUCUAUCAGAAUUCACAGAGGAGAGAAAUUUCAUGAAUGGUGCUCAAAUUCUGGAGGUAACUGAAGUGUAUUAAAUAGAUGAGCACAAUCUCUGGUGGUAGAAGUCAAAAUAAUGAUCUGAUCUGGAAAGCUGGGCAGAGUGCUAGUAGGAUCAACAACAGAUUGAUCAGGUAGCUUCCUGAUACAGAUCUAAGUAUUAAUAUAUGGCAAUUCUUUCCUUAACAACAUCAGUGUUGGAAAAUACAUGAUGUGCACCUUUAGAAGCCAUUUCUUAAGUCUAGGUGGAAUGCUUUGUGUGUGUGUGUGUGUUUUUCCAAUGUUUUCAAUCACUAAUGCCUCAAUAUAUUUCUAUAAUCUAAAGCUCAUUGGCAUACAUUCUAUUUACAAAUAAUCCUGAGUGGCAGGAAGAGGACAGUUAUUUUCAGAAAUCCUGUAAUAUCUCAGAAUUUUAAUUUUGGUGUUUGAUUUCUCCAUAGAUUAUGGCUUCCAUUGAGUGAGGCACUGGUUACUUUGCUGACUGAUGCUGCCAUGAUCUCUCAUUCUGGGAAAUUGUGCAUUUUCUGGCUUAGUAUUGUUUUCCUCUAUUCCAAAAGAGUUGCUGGUUUUCUGUAUGGGCUUUCUGUAAUUAUAUAGGACUUGAUCUGAAUAGGGGAUGUUUUGAUCUGGUUGGAUUUCUUUCCAUCUUAUUUUUCUUUUCCUCCAUAACAGGACUGAGACUGUAGCACAUGAGUGAUUUAUUUAGGACUUGAGGCCAAAGAAAGAGUGAAGACAUAAAAAACAUGAGGAGGGGGAGCAAGUUCACAGAAGAAAGUGCUGCUGAGUAGGUGGCUAAUGUGAGCCAGUUGGUCUAUAUAUUGAACUAUGUGGUGCCAAGAUAUUGCUGUCAACUGAUCUCCUGAGAUUUGGAAUCUGCGGCCAUUGUGUAUCACUGGAUAUUUUCUCUGAUCUUUUCAUAACCUUAACUUGAGUAAGCAGUAAGAGAGACUGGAAUAUUCAAUACAAAUUAAGAAAAGAGCUUUGUACGUUUGUUAUACUAAAAUGUGCUGGUCAAUGAAGAACAGAUCAUAGAGGUCCACUCAGUAGAAACACAGUUGGUCACAAGAGUGAAUGAAUGGAAAAUUGUGAACAAGCUUUAUAUUAUGCAUUUAUGUUUAAAGUUGAUUGAUUUAUUGAAAGGUCUUUGGUGCAAUGCUUAAUAAAGCACUUGGGAUGUCCACACUCUAGUAUGAAUAUGGAGA